GUAACGCGUCAAAACUCGGAUCUCGAAUCCUGAUCGACUGCCACUCCUAUAAGCGCCGAUACAUUGGUCGUCUUUGCCAGUUAGUCUUCUCUCCUCCACUCCCGAUAUGCUCUACAACGCGGCAUCGCGGGGUCGGAGGUGGUGGGGCUUUCCCAAGUACUAAUUCGGGGAUAGAAGCCGACGGGCAACUCACUCCAACCACAUAUGUGAGUGACGGUUCUUAUCAGCCGAGACUGAGAGACCCGACUAACAAUGCUGUAAAGCCGUGUGUGUCAAAACUGGAGUUUGCCUCUCUUUCAUAAAAGAUGGCCUCCAACGAAGCUGUGCCCAAGACCUGCAAGGUCAUUCUGGCCGACACCAUCGCCAAGCGUCUCCUGGCUGAGGUUCACGAGACCCUCGCCAAGGUGCAGGGCAACGGCGCCUCCAAGCCCACCUUGGCGGCGUUCCUGGCAAACGACGAUCCGGCUGCAUUGCAGUAUGCUGAGUGGUCUAAGAAGACCUGCGUCGAAAACGGCUUCGACUUUGACCUGCGCCGUGUCGACAAGGAGCAGCUCGAGGAAAAGAUCACCGAGGCCAACGAGGACGACAAGGUCGACGGCAUCAUCGUCUACUACCCCAUCUUCCCCGGCAACCCGCUCCAGGACAAGUACAUCCAGGAGACUGUCUCCCUGGCAAAGGACGUCGAGGGCCUCUGCCACCAGCACAUUUUCAACAUGUACCACAACGUCCGCUUCCUGGACCCGCCCCAGAACCUGAGAAAGUCUAUCCUCCCCUGCACGCCCCUCGCCGUUGUCAAGAUCCUCGAGCACCUCCAGAUCUACAACCCCAUCCUGGCCUACGGCAACCGCCUCUUUGGCAAGACGAUCACCGUCAUCAACAGGUCCGAGGUCAACGGCCGACCCCUGGCCGCCCUGCUCGCCAACGACGGCGCCACCGUCUACUCGGUCGACAUCACCGGCGUCCAGCUCUUCACCCGCGGCAAGGGCAUCAAGCAGAUCCGCCACCAGGUCGAGAACAAGGAGGGCUGGGGCCUGGAGCAGGUCCUCCCCCUCAGCGACGUCAUCAUCGGCGGCGUCCCCAGCGAGAAGUACAAGAUCUCGACCGACCUCAUUCGCGAGGGUGCCGUCUGCAUCAACUUCUCCUCCCACCGCAACUUUGACGCUCCCACCGUCAAGGAGAAGGCGGCCAUCUACGUCCCGUCAGUUGGCAAGGUCACUAUUGCGUGCCUUUUGAGAAACUUGGUGCGCCUCAUCGCCAACCGUCCCACGACCAAGGACAACGGCAAUGAAGAUGCCUCUACUGCGCAGGCUAGAAGCGAGGCGUUCACUGAGGGCUAA